UGAUGGGAGCGGCGAGGAUUAGAACCUGGUACGGGUUCCUGGAAGGCGAGGCUCCACCUCUCCAUGCUGACGUGUCGAAAUACAAUUGGCUCUCAGCUUAGUGGACGCAGCUCACCGCAGAGGACCCAUCCUCUAAAGGUGGUUUAUUUACGAAUAAGCCCGACUGUGGUCCCCACACCGCAAAUAAUUCCCGUUGAAAAGAUGGCAUGGAAGAUGACAACUCACCCUCCUUUUAACGGCGUUAGGGUGAAAGUGACGUCAAGGUCACGGUGAAGGGCCGACUCGGUCAGCCACUCAAACGUGGCGGCCUAUCUCUAUCUUCAUUGACGCGUCGUCGUGGGUGCGAAGGUCGGUGCGAACCAUCCCUACUGAGGCCCACCUUUUUAGCGCUUGCCUAUAUAUCAUCCCUCUGAAUAGAUUGGAGUGAACAUACAGGGAAAAACAGCAGAGCAGAAACGCAGGAAGACAAAAAACAACAAAUACAACCCCUUCUCCUGUAGAGGAAGAAGAGCUGAGAUUCAAAAAAACAGAGACAUCUUCUCUCUCUCUUCUUUCUCUCUUCUUCUUUUUAAUUUGUUUUGAUUUUUUUGAUUUUAUUUUAGUUUUAUUUGGGUUGGGAAUUAUGGGGACGGAGAUCUUGAGGCCUCAGGACUGUUUGAUCGAGCGGAUGGGGGUCUCUCCGGCGGUUUUUCCUCGCCGUAAGGCUUUCCCCGGAAGCGCAAAGGCGAACCGGAGACCGGUGGUUCGGGCUGAGAGGUCGGACCAGAAGAGGCGGGGGAGUCAGUCGGAGGGGUCCAUUUCUAAGAGAUCGAGCUCCGAUGAUGUCAGGGCCGCGAAGGGGAAUGUUGUGGUGGGCCCGGUGACGAUUCUCAGGCGAGGGGAGUCGCUUGACUCGAAAUUAAAGAGCGAGGCUCUGAAGAAGAACGGCGAGGAGGAAAUGAUAGUUUCUGGAACCGAGAGGUUGGGCCCGGACCCGGAGAUGGUGCCGAAGCAGAUCCGCAUCAAGGAUCUGAAGCCGUUUGCUUUUUCGGUGGCCGCUAAGCCCGACAUGUACGCUGGAUCUGCGUUUGCGCUCUCGCCGUCGCCGAGCUCGCUUCCGUUACCAUCUUUUUCGAGGAAGAAGCAGAUGUCGCCCGUCGUGGACGACUGGGCAACGAAAGAUCUCCGGCGACUGCUCCGGCUCGAUUGACAAAUUAAGUGGUCAAACUAUUACAGAUCCAGAUCUCUAUGCCCGGAUUUGGACCUAGAACUAUCGGGAUCUGAAUUAACCUCGUUUCGUCUCACCGCCGCGUCUUUCACGAAUCAAAGAUCCAUUUUUCCAUGAUUUUUUUAAAUGGAAAAAAGAUCUGAAAAUCCAAGAAGAAACAAAGAUUGGGACGAACGAGGAGGAUAAUUACUAGUAUGUAUCUCUGUGUUUGUAUGAUCUGUGUAAUCUUGGGGUUAAUUAUGGGCAAGGGUUGUAAUAUGAUGGGAAAUGUAAUGUUAAUGGUUUCUGCUCUGCUUUAAAAAAUAAUAAUUAGGGAAAAUUGUGCA